UGAAAUUUUAAUUACUGUGGGUGGGCUGAGAGCACAAACGACUGUUUAUCGGAGACAAUUUAUUUUCCAGCGCUAAGUCAACAUAUAAUAGCAAACUUACAACAAUUAUUUAACUUUAAAAAAAAAAAAAGAGAGAGAGAGAGGGAGAGGGAGCUAUGAAGCUGGGAGAGGGGGAGAAGCGGGCUCAGGCAGGCUCGGGAGCCCAGAGAGCUCCCCGGUGCACUCCUGGGAGGUUUGUCCCUUGCCCUGUCCCUGCCUGGGGAGGCCGCGGCCAGCAUGAGCCACCUCUACAGCAGCCCCCUGCCCGGCUUGAGCCCCUCCGUGGUGUACGUGUACGGGGAGCGGGCCGGCUUGCCCGCGGCUCUCGGCUUCGCGCCGUCGGGGGGCAUGUCCCGGCAGGAGCCCCCCCAGAAGCCGCCCUACAGCUACAUCGCCCUCAUCGCCAUGGCCAUCAAGGAGGCUCCGGACCAGAGGGUGACCCUCAACGGGAUCUACCAGUUCAUCAUGGAGCGCUUCCCCUUCUACCACGACAACAAGCAGGGCUGGCAGAACAGCAUCCGCCACAACCUCUCGCUCAACGACUGCUUCGUCAAGGUGCCGCGGGAGAAGAGCCGCCCGGGCAAGGGCAGCUACUGGACCCUGGACCCCAAGUGCCUCGACAUGUUUGAGAACGGCAACUACCGGCGCAGGAAGAGGAAGCCCAAAGCCCCCGGCCCCCCGGAGCCGGCCAAGCGGUGCCGCGCCGCCCCCGCGGAGUCGCUGGCCCGGCGCCUGGGGGCGGGGGUGAAAGGGGGUGCAGGGGAAGACGAGAAGCAGAUCCUAUUGCAAGUGGGAGUCCGUGGGCUUUUUGCUAUCGGCUGCCAGGGGAGGGAGAUCUGCGGGAACAUAGCUUAUUACCAGACAUAG